UACGUCAUUGGAAUCUCAAAAUGGCUCCUGCUCAAAUUCGCCGUCCAAGUGGGGGCGGCUGCCGGUUUUUCCAACAGAAAUUACACACGACCAUACGACUGACAUUCUCUCUUUUCCUGCCGCUAUCUCUCGAAAUAGAAACCGUAAUUUGUUAGCGUCAUCAUCAUGUAAUUAGGGAUACGCUGAGAUCAUGAUAGGCAUAGCCUACAGGGAACAACCGGGACCGAGCAAUUGUAGCUGAUGCAGCCGCCACAGCGUUUUUGUUGUGGAGCGGUGGUGUGGGGAAUGUGAAUGACAUGGAAAAGGCAGAGAAUGGCAUUUUUCCACCGGCUUUGUCUGUGAACGAAAAGUGGACCAGCAGCACAUCUCUCAACCAGCCACUGUCUGACGAUAUCGCCGACGCCGCAGGUCCUCUCUCUAAACAUGUCAACGGGGAUGAGACGUGUUGGACUGACAGCGGACGCAGCCCGUGAAGCAGGAGAGGAUAUUUCCCGUUCCACAGUAGCGUGUGUACGUGUCGGGAGUACGAUAAUGCUCGAUUUAGUUACUGACAGCCCAUCUGGUGGCACUGUAAGCAAUUGUGUCAUUCCUGAGCCAGGUAGCGACUCUGCUACAAACGGGUUUACUGGGUCAAUAGUGGUUGCCUCCAAGGCAGGGAGCUGCUCUGCUAUCACUGCAGUGAAUCGAGAGGAAAUGGACAGAAGUGGUCUCUGGGGGACCUCACUGACUCAGAAGAACAAUGAUUGCGCUGCAGAAAGACUAGAUGCCUGUGUGACAGCAGCUGAGGCACUGCAGUCAUUGGCACACUCCUGGAAUGGACAGCUUGAACAGAGGUGCACAGCAGCCUCCCGGACAGGUCCGGCGGGGUUCUCGAUUGGAGACACAGUCUGUGUUAUACGGAGUCCUCUUCGCAGUGAUGCUGUUAUUAGACCACAUAUUAACCGAAGUACGACCCCUGACAAGGAGGACAACAUGGCAAACGGUGGAUUAUUGAUUGGAUACAACAGGGCAAAGUUACACACACAGACAGCUGGAACAAUUAUUUCUGAUGGAGCUGCAACCUCUAUCUCUAACCCACAAUGUGAAAAACUCCCCAUGUCUGCAGUGAGUGCAAGGGAGGGCCAUCACGAAUCCUGCAAUAUCAGAGAGGAACCUCAUGGAGCCGGGGCCCAGCCUAGAAAACCAGUUAACGUGGCAGGAGAGCUAUCUGAUGGGGCUACUUCCAGUGUCACCUCUCAGGGUUUACCAUCAAGCCCAGCACCAAGGAAAGACCCCCGCAGUGUCAAACCAGACACCAAGCAGGGAGCAGAACCAUCAACAUCUGGUCACCCAGGAGGGGAUCCAUCCUCCAGACUCCAUCUUCAGUCCCACAAGACCACCAGUCUGAACUGUGACCCGUCCAGCAUUCUCAGCCCAGGGGACGAGGAUGAGGAUGGGGAGACCUUCGUGGAGCUGGGGGCCCAAGGCUACAGUGACCUCAGGUUCAUGGACGUCAGUCUGAGCUCCAGGAACACGUAUGAGUCCAGCAGACGUCAGUCCGCCCCAGGACAUAUAGGACUGAGUGUGGACUCCUCUGAACUGGCCUUACAGUCAAAAAGACCUGGCAUCGCUGAGUAUUUCGGCAGGGGUUUAUUUUCCAAGAAGCAUAUAGAGCCGAAGAGUCCGUCCCAGAAUGUACCUGGGUGGAAGCUGUUUGGAAAGGUUGCUGCCAGAGAGAGCCCUCCCAAGGACUCCAGAACCAUACAGCAGGAGAGUGUUCCAGGUGGUCUCACGUCUGUGUCUGCACCCAAUCUCUUAAGUGAAGGGGAGUACGAGGCCAGGGCGGGCAAGGCUGGAUCUGGGGGAACGUCUCCUACUCAGCCUCAACAUGGCCGGAGGAAGAACCUGGACUUUGAACCACUGUCCACCACAGCUCUUAUACUAGAGGACAGGCCUUCGAACCUUCCUGCUAAGUCUGUGGAGGAGGCCCAGCGUCACCGUCAGGAGUAUGACGAGAUGGUGGCCGAGGCCAAGAAGAGAGAGUUAAAGGAGGCCCAGAGGAAGAGGAAAGAGAUGAAGGAGAGGUUUAAACAGGAAGACAGCAUUGCCAACGCCAUGGUGGUCUGGAACCACGACAUUCUGCCCAACUGGGACAACAUGCGUAACACUCGGCGGGUGAGAGAGCUCUGGUGGCAGGGCUUGCCCCCCAACGUCAGAGGAAAGGUCUGGAGCCUAGCCAUCGGCAACGAGCUCAACAUCACCCCAGAGCUGUACGACAUCUUCCUCUCCAGAGCCAAGGAGAGGUGGAGGAGUUUCAGUGAGACGGGUACAGAGGCUGACGAUGGGGCAUCGCUGGCAGACAGAGAGUCCAGUCUGGACCUGAUCAAGCUGGACAUAUCCCGCACAUUCCCACCUCUUUUUAUUUUCCAGAAGGGUGGGCCAUAUCAUGAUCUCCUCCACAGCGUGCUGGGGGCCUACACCUGUUACAGACCUGAUGUGGGAUAUGUUCAGGGCAUGUCCUUCAUAGCUGCAGUGUUAAUCCUCAACCUGGAGGAAGCUGACGCCUUCAUUGCCUUCGCUAACCUGCUCAACAAGCCCUGCCAGCUGGCCUUCUUCAGAGUGGACCAUGAUCUAAUGCUGAAAUACUUUGCUGCGUUCGAGGUGUUCUUUGAAGAGAACCUCCCUAGACUGUUUAACCACUUCCAGAUCUCCAACCUCACCCCAGAUCUCUAUCUCAUCGACUGGAUCUUCACUCUGUACAGUAAGUCGUUGCCGUUGGACGUGGCAUGUAGAGUGUGGGAUGUGUUCUGUCGUGACGGCGAGGAGUUUCUGUUCCGGACGGGUCUAGGGAUCCUGCGUCUCUACGAGGAUGUGCUCCUACAGAUGGAUUUUAUCUAUAGCGCCCAGUUUCUGACACGCCUCCCAGAGGAUAUAGACUCUGAUAGGCUGUUCGCCUGCAUCGCGACCAUGCCCAUGCUCAACGGAAACAAGAAAUGGUCCCAGGUGUUUAAUGCAUUGAUAAAGGAGAACAAGGACGUGGACAGGAAUUGCAGCCAAGUACUGAAGAGUUCAUGAUUCAGCCGUGGAAUAUUUGUAUGAUCACGUUCCUCUCUUUAAAUGAGAGCCUUUGACCACAUUAGAGUCACAAUGGUAAAUGGACCUUAAAGAAUGGCAUCAAACUUGAAGAUGGAGGCCUCAGACACCAUUGCCAGUUUGAUUGAAUUGAGAGUUUUUAUGGUAGUAUACCAUGAAUAUAUGAUGAUAUACUGUAGGUAGAUGUGAUGAAUUGGGUCUGUCUAGUCCCAUCAGAAAGGUAUGGAGUUUCUUAGAUUGAGUGAGGCCCUUUGUUACACCUGUGGAUUUUAUCUCACUAACAUUACAAUAUAUAUUUUAUGAAAGUGCACCUCCAAGCAUAGAUAUAUUUAUAUGACUUAAUUGACCAAGCCAAUUUUACAACAUAGAAGGACAAUUAUGAAAUAAUUAAGUGACAGAGCCCUUCCGUUUCUUAAGUAUCUGAAGCUUGACAUCGAAUAGUUUAACUAAACUACCAGUAAUAGGUUUUCAUUACAGUGAGCAGUGAGCAAUUGUUUCCGAAACGAAUAGAGAACAUUUGUGACAUGUGGCACUAGCCCAGUAUUGGACUAAAGGAGCCUACCGUUACUCCUUAGUCCAAGGACCUUGCAUGCUCUGUUUAAAGGGCGAAUUGGAUCUGAAAGACAAAACUGCCAAAUACUCCCAUCUAAACGUGAAUCGAUUCUCAAUUGCGUCACGGUUCUAGAAACAUAGAUCCCUCUACUUUCAUAUCACAUCUAAAUAAUUUCACAAAUGCAAAAUACACACUGGUUUUAACACAGUUGCAGUCGACAGUAUUUUUCAGUGACAACACGUUUGUGUCGCCUGUCUUCCGUUUACACACAGGUGUUCGGAGACGGAGAUAGCUAAUUUGCACAGAUAGUCCACUCUGUCGUCCGUCUGUUUUCCGUAAACAAUCGCUGUAACAUGGAAAUAUGUCCGUAUGGGAACGCCAACCCUUUACAUUUUACCUUUUUGUUUUGUUUUUUUAUUCAAAAGGCAUUCGAACAUAUGAGCUAUCUUUGUUGCAGGUGCAACAGUUGAAUACGAUGCGAAAAAAAUAAGAAACCUGCACACUGCUCUUGCUACUAUCACUUCUCUUUAUUAAGCUAGCUUUAUGAAGGCAUUGAGGCCGAUGCGUAAAGCUAGCUUAAUAAAGAGCAGUUAUACUAGCAAGAGCAGUGUGCAGGUGUGAAAGGUUAUGCUUCCGAAAUCGUACGGUAAGCGACGCGUGUUAAUGUUCAGAGCGAGCGUCGCGGCUCGUACACCCCCGUACAUAAGACGCCUUCAUCCAAUGACUCUUAUGUGUAAUGUAAUAGAACUGAGAGUUAUGAUCAAGGGCUGUUGUCCCACGUGAGGUUUCAGUGUUUUGCUGGAUGAGUCCACAGUGAAGCUAUUAUAUUGUUGUGAAUAAAACAGCAAUGGGACACCUUUUCAAAGUACCUAUUCAUGAAACAUAAUUCACUUUUAAAACUUGGUCUUGUUUGUGAUGUUGCUCACAUCUAUUGUUACUUUACAUUUUACCAAACACUUAUGUUGAGGUCCAAGAUUUUUUAUUAUCAAUACUGUAGUUCGUUUCUACAGUACAUGUUUCAUAUCUGAUUGUAUAUUGUUUCUUAUGCUCACUAUUGUAUAGUUUUCAUACUGAGUACUAAAAACAAUUGUAAAUAUAUUUUAAAUGAAAUCAAAAGUACCUCUGUGAUACUGUAUCAGACCAAAAGUUAUGAAUUAUGUAAAUAAAUCAAAGAUGAUUAUUCCCAA